UGGAUCUCGCUGGAAAGCAAGGAGAUCGGGAACUCUGCACCGUUGCUAGAGGGUUGGCCUAGCUGUAUAAACUAUAUCCGGAGUUGGGCCUAGCGUUAUAAGGAGGCAGCCUUGCAAGGAGCCCCAGGGAGGAAGUGUCUCGGGCCCCAGUGACGGAGCGUCAGCCCACCACCGCGUUAAGCACCCAUGCCAGGAGAAAGGCUUAAUGGUUACACACGUUUGAGCAGGCCUUCCCUCGAGAAAGAAAAUGGCGGCAGAGCAAACCCAUCCCGCAGCCCUGUUCCAGGCUUACUUUGGGCACAAAGCGAAGAUGGGGGAACAGAUUUUAGCUGGCCACAAAGCAGGAAGAGGCCACGAGGACCAUGAGGCUGGGAGCAGUGGAGGAUUCUGGGAACAACCAGCGCAGAAGAAGGUCCUUGGUUCCCAGGCGGUGGUCAAGGCAGGAGGUUCACAGGACAGAACGCAAGAAAAGGAGGAGGUGCAGGGAGCGUUGGCCAAGGUAACCACGGAUUACCCAGAGGCAAAGAAGGCUUUGCCAGAGACCACGAAGUGGCCAACGUUCAAGGGGACCGUACAGGCCGCUGACAGAGGGGCCACUUCACUGGGUGAUGAGAAGGACUGCAAUAAAGAGAGGAAGCAGCAGAAAAGGAAAGGAAAAGUGAAACGGAAGUGGGAGGACAAAUCUUGUGCUCCUCAAGAAGCUGAACACCAAAAAAUUCUCACCGGAGAGAAAAUAUACCCAUGCUUGGAGUGUGGGAAACAAUUCAGUCGCAACUCAGACCUUACACUGCAUCAGCAAUUCCACGAAGGCAAGAACCACUACAAAUACUCGGAAUAUGAAAAGAGCUUCCAUCAGACCAUUUUCCUUAUAUCACAUCAAAAAAUUCUCGCAGACAAGAAGCGCUAUGAAACAGAGUGUGGAAAAAGUUUAAUUCCUAGAAGAAGCCUUAGAUCGCAUCAAAGAAUACACAAAGGGGAAAAGCCAUAUAAAUGCUCGGAUUGCGGAAACAGUUUCAGCAGUAGCGAAACCCUUAAAGAGCAUGAAAGUAUUCACACAGGCGAGAAGCCCUAUGAAUGCUUCAAUUGUGGAAAGAGCUUUAGUCAAAUAAAAAACCUUAGAGAGCAUCAACGAAUCCACACUAGCAAAAAACGCUAUAAAUGUUCAGAGUGUGGAAAGAGCUUCCGUGGUAGCACAAGCCUGAAAACACAUCAAAGAAUUCACACAGGGGAGAAACCCUAUAAAUGUUCUCAAUGUGGAAAGAGCUUCAGUCGAAAUGACCAGCUUAAAACACAUCAAAUAAUACACACAGGCGAGAAGCCCUAUAAAUGUUUUGAAUGUGGAAAAAGCUACAAUUAUAACACACAGCUUAAAACACAUCAAAUAACCCACACAGGGGAGAGGCCGUAUAAAUGCUCUGAGUGUGGAAAGAGCUUUGGUCGGAAUACACACCUGAAGAGACAUCAAAGAAUUCACACAGGGGAGAAGCCCUAUGAAUGCUCACAAUGUGGAAAAAAAUUCAGCGCUAGCAGUAUCCUUAAAUCACAUCUAAGAACCCACACAGGUGAGAAGCCCUAUAAAUGCUCUGAGUGUGGAAAUUGUUUUAGUGAGAGCUAUACACUUCGUGAGCAUCAAAAAAUUCAUUCAGGGGAGAAGCCAUAUAAAUGCUCUGAGUGUGGGAAAAGCUUCCGUCAUAACACACUCUUUAAAACACAUCAAAGAAUCCAUGCAGGUGAGGAUCCAUUUAUAUGCUCUGAAUGUGGGAAGAGUUUUAGUCAUAGUGGAAGCCUUAAAGCACAUCAAAAAAUCCACUCUGGAGAGAAGCCUUAUAAAUGCUCUGAAUGUGGAAAGAGUUUUAGUGAUAGCAGAGGCCUUAAAUCACAUGAAACAAUCCACACUGGCAAGAAACCAUAUAUGUGUACUGAGUGUGGAAAAACGUUUAGUCUCAGUAGAAGCCUUAAAAGACAUCAAAUAAUCCACACGGGAGAAAAGCCAUAUAAAUGUUCUGAGUGUGGAAAAGGUUUUGGUCUUAGUAGAAAUCUUAAAAGACAUCUAAUGAAUCACACAGGAGAGAAGCCCUAUAAAUGUUCUGAGUGUGAACGUAGCUUCAUUGAGAUUUACACACUUCGUGAGCAUCAAAAAAUUCAUACAGGAGAGAAACCCUACAAAUGUGCUGAGUGCGGAAAGAGCUUCAGUCGUAGAACACACUUGAAAACACAUCAAAGAAUCCAUACUGGUAUUAAGCCCUAUCAAUGCUCUGAUUGUGGAAAGAGCUUCAACAGUAGUGCAUACCUUAAAACACAUCAAAGAAUUCAUACAGGUGAGAAGCCCUAUACAUGUUCAGAAUGUGGAAAGGGUUUCAAUGCUAGCAGUAACUUUAAAGCACAUCAAAGAAUUCACAGUGGGGAGAAGCCUUUCAAAUGCAAUGACUGUGGAAAGAGUUUCAGUAUCCGCAGGACCCUUAAAGAACACCAAAGAAUACACAUAGGUUAGAAGCCCUAGAAAUGCUGAAGAUUGCCAUGAUAGAUACCUCUGUACGGGCUAUGUGCCCAGGAGGCAUAUUGUGAGGCAUGGGAGUCUCUAUUUCAGAUUAAUUGCCUCUUAGGUUUGUUGCUUGAAAUGCAGCAUUAGGGAUAUUUUUUGAUUUCCCUCUGCUGUCAGCUUGAUGCAGUCAUGUGUUUAAUUAAACUAUAUGAUGCUUACUGCUUCGUCUGCUCUUUAUCAAAAAUUGCGCCUCGGCACCUACUGGCCUUUAAGUGCUGUGUUUCCUCACACCACUGGAUCUCUGGGUAGGCUGUUCUCUUUGGCUCUAAUCUCCAAAAUGGGGAGCAAAAACAGACUGCUGGGUGGUUGGACAGCAGUCUCUGCCUAAGACUCGGUCCCCUUUGCUUGCCUUGCUUUUAAUCUCGCUUAAUUCUGCAUCGUCUUUUUGGCUGGUUGCCCCUAGCUUCCUCUCUCAGUCCUGUUCUGAGCAAAUAGGAUCAUAGAAUCAUAGAAUAGCAGAGUUGGAAGGGGCCUAUAAGGCCAUCAAGUCCAACCCUCCUGCUCAAUGCAGGAAUCCACCCUAAAGCAUCCCUGACAGAUGGUUGUCCAGCUGCCUCUUGAAUGCCUCUAGUGUGGGAGAGCCCACGACCUCCCUAGGUCAUUGGUUCCAUUGUCGUACUGCUCUAACUGUGUUUCCUGGGUAAAUACCUUGGUGGGAUGCACGAAUCUAAAGAUGCAAUCUGUGCAUGCCUGAUAAAAAACAAAGUUCCUAUAGGUCCCAUAUCUUGUGGUUUCAAUUGUUAGGAACACCCCACCCCACCCCAGACUUCUUUGGCUAUUGGGCAGUACAGUAAUGUAAAAAAAUAUAAACUCCCAGCAUUUCUCAGCCAGCUGAGUGUUAACUUGGAACUGAACAGGUUGAAUAAGUUUGCUAACAAAAAACUGAAGAGGCUACACGGGACUAAAGAUGGCUAAUUUGAUCUGGAAUGGUGUGAACGAGGGUUUUGGGGAGACCUACAAGAAGACCCCUAAAAGACUCAGACUCCUAUUUAAAAAGGCCUGUUCUUCUACUUUAGACACCUGACCUUUGCAAGAAGUCCUUGGCAUUUUGAUUCUAUGUUAAUUGAUGUUAUGGUAUUAUAAUACUUCAAAGUAAGACUUUACAGGAUUGGCUUUGAAAGAAAAAAAAAUGCAGCUGGCAUUACAGACCAAGAUCAAAGUCACAGUGAAUUGUGCUAGCAGACAAUCCAACAUGAGUGGAUGGUCAGAUACCCAAUAAGGGGAAGAAAAUCCUUGUUAGACAUCCUGUGUCGUACGCAUGCAGUGAAGAAAUGUCCUUACUUGAUGCCUUCUGAGUAGAAGACGUCAUAACAAUGCACAGAGCAGUGAGCUUCGGCUAUGGGGUGGUAUAUAAAUGUAAUAAAUAAAUAAAUCGGGUGGACGUGUUUGGGUAGAAUGUGACCAAAUAUGAACAAGCAUGGUCAUGAAUUCAAAGAAGAUGCAUCAGAGAGAAACCAUCGAGACAAUGUGCCAGAAGACACUUUAAACCAUGGUGGUUAAGCCAGAAAGCCUGGCUGUGUUCAGAAGACACCUUAAACCACGGCUUUAACCAUGGUGAAUAAAGCAAAAAGCCUUAUUCACCGUGGUUAAAGCCAUGUUUUAAGGUGUCUUCUGAAAGGGGUCAAAAUGCGCCUAAAAUUUUCCCAAACCACAUUAAUCAUAAAAUGACAUGUUAUUGGAGGUGGUAAGUAGACACCUCGCUUCUGAUGGGUGAAUGGGUGGUCUAAACACACACUCACCUUGUUUUGAUUGGAAGAUGGGAAUCUCAUCACUCAUUGGGGCUCCCCCACCUCUGGCCAGAACAGGUGUAUAAAAGCAUAGGUAGCGUUUGCUUUUAUUUUAUUUUCCCUUUUGUUUCUCCCCCACUUCUUUUUUCUUCCAUUUCAUUUUCUUGCUGCUUUGCCUACCUAGACUGCUAGAGUCAAAGUUUUAGGUAACUACAAAACUCUUUAGACUCUUAAAUUUUAUGACUUGCAAGUUUAAUUCUGUACAUGCCUAGAGGAAAUGACUUAUGCUUUAGCUUCGUUUUUAUAUUUAAGUAAUGUGCAGGAGGAAGUACAAAAGAGAGUUAACAUUUUUUUAGUAUGUUUUAGUUUAGCUUUAUAAAUCAAGUAGAAUUCAAGAGUAAUGAAGAAGAGUCAUAACUAUGUUAGAAGUUCAGUUUGUUAUUCUCUCUCGCUACAUUUGCAAUGCCAGCUUUCUUAAUUGCAAUUCCUUUGGUUAAUCUCGUAUUUAUGUUACAUUCUCUUUCACGGCCGAUAAUGUAAUCAACGGUGGGGGGGGGGGAUUUUAAUGCUCAUAAAACCACCAUGCUGCUUUGCUUAAUUUUUGUAAUUUUCCUAAAUAAAGCAUUUAAUAGAUUUCAAUUUA